AUGUCUCUUUUUCGUGAAAAACGCGCGUCUUUUGUCUGCGUUUGCGCAACAGGGCAACUGAGCGGCGCGGCAGAUCCGAACGCGUUGGAGUCGGGCCGCCCCUUCCUCGGGGCGACGCUCGAUGAGCCAGUUCGGGAGACCGUUAUGCGCGACUUGAGGAAUAUCGGAAACAAACUCCUCUACGUGUUGAAGCCUUCUCACAUGCGAAACACCGCGGGCGCGGCGCAAGCUGGACUCAGGCAGUGGGAUCUUUUGGGCCCGCUUUUUCUCUGUCUCUUCCUCUCUGUAAUUUUGUAUGUUCAGGCGUCGUGGGCUCCGCUCCCCGGCACGUCUGAAUCUGCGCCGUCGUCUUCCACGCAGCUCGCCCUGCGGCGGGAGCGCCAGCGCGUCGCCUUUUCGCUCGUUUACGUCUUCGUCUCCCUCGGCGCCAGCAUCGUGACUGUCAACGCAAAACUCCUGGGAAGCAAACUGUCUUUCUUCCAGAGCGUAUGCGUGCUGGGAUACUGCCUCUUCCCACUCGACAUUGCUGCGCUUUUGAAUAUCUUUGUCUCGCGCUCCUUUACCUUUCUCAAGCUCCUCAUCGCCUUCACUGCGCUUCGCUGGUCAGCUGGAGCCUCCGUGGCGUUCAUGGCGGAGAUGCUUCCCGAGGAGAAACGCGCCCUCGGCGUCUUCCCAGUAUGGCUCUUCUACGCCGGCAUGGCGUGGAUCAUCUGCUCUGUAUGA